AUGCGAGUCUAUCAAUCUCGCCGCAAGAUCCAUGUAGAAGCUGCAAACCCCGAUAAUUUCAUCACCAAAGCAGGAGCCCGCCAGCUCGUCAGACAGGUUGCCUAUGUGCUGCACCACGAAUACGGCAUUGGACGAAACGGACCCGGCCAGGACGUCGUCCUCACAAUGGUGGAAGGAAGUCCCUUUGCUCCCGUCUUCUUCUAUGCCAUCGUGGCCGCUGGUGGUGUCUUCAGCGGAGCAAGCACCGAUGCUAAGACAAGCGAAUUAGUCCGGCAAGCCAAGGACGGCGCCGCCCAGCUGCUUGUGUGCUCUCCGGAUUGCGAGUCGAAGACGGUGGCCGUGGCCAAGCAAAUUGGGCUUGCACCGGAUCGUGUACUGAUCCUGGAGUCAGAAACACCCGGACACUGGAAAUUGAUCUCCUCUGCUACUCGAGAAUGUACAUUGUCGAAUGCGGCCGGCAGGACACUAGGUUGGCAGCGUAUCACACAGCCACAACUACUGCACAGCACAUCCAUUUGUCUCCUCUACUCAUCUGGCACGACGGGCAUGCCCAUAGGAGUGCUCGUGUCGCAUUCCGGUCUGGUCGCGAGCAAUGUCUGUACCAUGGAUCCUGCUGUUCGGUACAAGCGCAGUAGGAGAGGGCGAAAUUUCUCAUUCGACACUAUCGCGCAUCUGCCCAUGGCAAAUAUCGCCGGUGUAAGCCGAUAUUCGACUAACCCAUUUUGCAUGGGCGGCACAACGUACUGGAUGAAGAAGUACAAUUUCGAAGACUUCAUCCGGUUUCAUCGGCAGUAUCGUCCCGCGUACCAGUUCAGUGUCCCUCCCAUCUGGCUACGCGUUGCAAAAAGUGAACAGGUCACCGAUGAUUUCGACGGUCUUGAAGUAGCCGUCACAGGCUCAGCACCCAUCGGAGAGGCUACCGUGAGAGACGUGCAGAAGAAAUUGGGCCGUGGCAACGCUCUACUGGCGCAGACCUGGGGCACGACCGAGACGAGCGGCGUCAUCACCGCGCUUGACUGGACAACUUUUCAAGACCACGAUGUCUGGAGCGUUGGCAAGCUGUGUCCCAAUGUGCAGCUCCGAAUAGUGGAUGACAACGACGAGGACGUUCAACCAGAAGGUAAGGCAGGCGAAUUGCUCAUUAGCGGCCCGAUCAUCUCCCAAGGCUACCAUAACCGUCCCAAAGAAACUCGCGACACUUUCGUCGAUGGGUGGUAUCACAGCGGAGACAUUGGCGUCCACAAGAAUGGGCACGUGUAUAUUGUGGAUCGUAAGAAGGAACUCAUCAAGUACAAGGGAGCUCAGGUCGCUCCCGCCGAGCUCGAAGGUAUCCUGACGUCUCACCCAAAGCUUGCAGACGCGGCUGUCAUUGGCGUGUGGAACGAGCAGCAGCAGACUGAGUUACCAAGAGCAUACGUGGUGCCACAAGAACAAAAAACCCAUUCCCUAUCCGCGGGCGAAGUGGCUGAUUUCCUGAAGUGGCAAGUAGCGGACUACAAACACUUGCGCGGAGGCGUCUUCUUUGUCGACGAAAUUCCAAGAAGCGCUGCUGGCAAGAUCUUGCGAAAGGACUUGCGUCAACGAGCGGUACCAGAUGGAGCACGAGCUAAGCUUUAG